AUGAGAAUCAAACUGAGACAAGGUUCUGCAAGGUCGUUGUAUUUGGUACCGCAGACCGUGGUUGAUUUCGAGAUAUACUACACCAGACUUAUUCCUCGAGACCAUUCAUAUGUCGAUACAAGACCACCAAACAAACGCGACCCUCUUAGUCAAGCACUCUUUAACUUUUCGCAACGUGAGAACAUGAUUCCAUUCUCAGCAAAAGGAAACUUGGAUUUGAACAUAAUUGAAAUGCCAGAGACAGCACUGUCUGAAAGCUCUGGUUGGGCAAAGUUGGAAACCUACGAGAUCGGCUUACUGGUCGUCAACCCAUCUGGGCAAUGGCUAGCUAUUCCUACCCCUCGCAGACCCAACACCGAUGACGAACAUGACGAACAAUGGGGCGAAUCGUGGGUACAAAACAGAGCUGGAUCCACGUCGUUCGAUAUCAACGAGUUUAGAGGUCCCAUCAAUCCAGAAUAUGCCGGCUGUCUCCUCUCCGCCGCAGGACAAGCAGCAUCACACAUGCCCUGUUUAAAAAGGAUGGAAAUCAAUGUUGAUGUCAAGGGUGGGUAUACCUAA